AGCGAACCGUUUCGGAGACCCGGAGUCGAUGGCCGUUCGACGGAAGAGCUCAGUCCACAGGAGGCAGUCGGCUAACGCGUUUCUCCUUCCGAUUUCCACCUGCGAAAAAGCCGCGAAUUGAGUUCCAACGCCCCAAAGCGUGCGUUGUCUUAUCGAGUAGGCAAUUGGCUGGCCCAGCGAUCACAGGUUGCACAACCCAUUAGCCGGAAUAGCAAAUACCCCGCCGGAGGAAUACUUCAGUAUAGAAUCCGUCAAGAUGGCGAGCAUGGGCACUGGCUUUUCCAAGUGCUUUAUUCUCUUUAUGGCGGUUGUCAUACUCGCCCAGGGAGCCGUCUAUUUGGGCCUCUCCAUCUGGGGCAUCACCUUCCGCGAGUGUCCGGAUGGAGUCACCGACUUCAGCGAAAACCCCUUCAAGUUUGCCAUGGAACUGAUAUACUUUUCUCAGCAGGAGUGUGGUGAUCCGGUCCUGAAGAUUGGCAAUGAUCAGGUGGACUUGACCAUUGAUUGGGCAAAGUCCGAAACGCUGACCCACAGGGAGUUCAUCUUCAUGGUCACCUACGCGGUGGUCAGUGGUCUCUGGGUGGCCACUUCGGUACUGGUGAUAACUACCUUAUGCAGCCGCACCACCAAGCUGAUCUCCGGAGCGAUUUACUGGCCCUGGUUCCUCUCGGUGCUCGCAGGCAGCAUCCUCGACGUGGUGGCCUCUGUGUAUCAUGGAAUCGACUUGAGCCACACAACGUCCCUGCAAGAUGCACUCGACUACAUUGGGGUGGUAACUAGUGACACUAACGCAAACAUUUGGACAUUGAUGGAGCCCUUUGGAGUCUACUUCUCCACGCCUUCGAUUGUGCUGCUGUGCCUGACCACUCGCGUGGCCAUCAUUUGGCUGCUGAACAUCAUCGGAGUGAGUUUCUGCCUCUCCCUGUCCGGAAUCAUGGCUCAGCAGAAUGCCAAAGCCGCCGCCUUGAGCAGGAGUCAAGCUCCCACUCGCCAGCCGACGCCGCAGCCCGUGGUUGCUUUAGCCGAGCCAGUGGUGCAGGCCACUGUGGUGGAGAGCCUCCAGCCCUCGGCUCCGCUAGAGAGCCCACAGUAUCCGGAGCAGAUCCGACCCAAGCCACUGCCCAUAUUCAUUCCCUCCGAGCAGAACGUGCAGCGCCAGGACUCCCGCCAGUUUGCACCCGGGGAUCGCACCACCCUGCAGUCGCCGGUGAUGGUGCUGCCACCGCAGGUGCCGCAGCAGAGGGAUGUGGUCUCCCCGCAGCCGGACAUCAACACCUACCGCACCACCGAGGCCCAUCCCGAUCGCCUCAACUAUCCGCCUUCGGAGCCGCCGACGCCGCGGUCUCCCUCACCGGCUGUCCAACAACUGGCGGUGACCUCGCCGCUGAACAACCGCUACAGCGAGAUGUACCCGGCCCCAGUUAAUCCACGAGUCAGCGAGGAGCUGCGCAACCAGAUGCCCUGGUCCUACACGAGCAUGGUGACCAAGCCGCCACCGCCGCCGCGCAAGCCGCAACUCCAGGUGCAGAUCUACCCGCAGAUCCCGGAACCCGACUACGCGGAUCACUAGACUCAGCGGUAGUGGAGGCAGCUCGGAGCUGAUUUGGGUUUAAUCAGCCUGGAUGCGCGGUUGUGAAUGGUUUUGUGUUAUUUUUAACUUUAUUGCAUAAAGCUAAAGCUGAUGGCCAA